AUGCCUACACUUGCGGAACAGAACUCGACUGCAUAUCAUGACCGGCUGCUAGAUGCUGAACCGGAACAAGGCUAUCAGAUUCGCUUGUUGGAACUCGAUUCCGGCCGAAGCUGUCCAACAUACACAAUCGAUGACUUCACUAUAAGCGGACGUCUCCUCACGUGUGCAUGGCCAGCUAUCCCGGAUUACGUAGCUCUAUCCUACUCAUGGGGCGAGCAGACCGAGCUUGAAUCAAUUCACCUCGCCUCGCAUGGCACCUUUCAAAUCUCCAAAGAUCUGCAUUACUGCUUGCGUAACCUUCGCCACCCCGAUCGGAAACGCCACUGCUGGAUCGACGCCAUCUGUAUCAACCAAUCGGACCUGCAAGAACGGAGCAGUCAGGUCAAGCUCAUGAAGAGGAUCUAUGAGAAUGCUAGCGAUGUCUUGAUAUGGCUGGGUAUGCCCCCGCCAUGUGCCGGGGACCUUACCGGUGCUAUAGUCGGCGAUCUCAACCACGAAGUUGUCAAGCACAUGACAAACAGGGAAUCCAGGAGCUGGUGGCGACGACGCUGGGUCGUGCAGGAGGCCGCGGUCGCUAAGCAUGAGCCCGUGGUGUUGUUGGGUAAUCUGUAUCUGCCCUGGCAGCCCUUGAUACGGCACUGUAUGGAUUUUAACAUGCGUCUGAAGCGAGACGACGCCGACAUGGCCGUGGUAGAUGAGAUUAGGGCAUUCGAAGGCAUUCAUUAUAUCCGAGCCGCUUUACGUCAGGAGACAGUAGGCAGUGGCUUGGUUAACCUCCUCGAGUCGACGAAGAAUCUGCAUGCCUCGGACCCUCGGGACGCCAUAUAUGCCAUCAUCGGACUGGUGGAUGCCACGGCCCAGGAAAUGCUGGUGCCCGACUACACUGCCCCGAUUAUCGAUAUAUAUGGAAUCGCCACCCAACUCUUGAUCGAGUCGAGAUCGUGGCAGAGGGAGUAUCCCCUCGACAUCCUCCUAGGCUGGCAAAGAUUGCUCCUGCCCGACGCUUCGUGGAUCAUUGACUUCUCCCGCCGUCCGACGCAGCAGAACCCGUCUUGGUUUUCAUUGGCUGGGAAUGCUGCGCUUGGCAGGGGCCAGCCCUGGGAGAACUCGGCCCAUGCACCCUUAGACUGGGGCAGCGACACGAGCAACCAACUUAGCUGUGACACGGACUCGAUAGGUGCGAAUCUGCCAUUUCACGCUGGCCUCACGGUUUGUGCCGGCCACACAAUCGUCGAUCCUGGAGAUCACAGUGGUCUCGAAGCCUCUUUCGCGGUCCGACCACGAACCAUGAGUGCCUCAGUUCUGACGCUUGGUGCGAUUCACUCAUUCGUCCAUGUCGCUGAUUAUCUCACCUCAACCCAUCCAAGCGCCAAGAGCUGCGAUCUAAACCAGCUUCGCAUACAGCAGAGGCUACAGUGCUCGACCACUGAAUUAGCCACUCUGCUAAGCUUCUUCAAUGAUCAGGAAAGUCCUCCGCCGUGCUCCUUAAACGAGUUAUGUAUCUUCAUCACGGACGAAGGUGAUCUCGGCAUGUGCUAUCAUAAACUCAACCUCGCCGCAUUAGGCGAAGCUCCCUCCAAGUUGGAACUCUUACCUGGAGAUCUGGUGGCCGGCGUUUAUGGUGCCGGCGUCCCGUUCAUCGUUCGUGAAUCGAAUUGGUCUGUGACGAGCUACUCUUGUCUGUUGCAGGCGUGCAUGCUGAUGCGGGAAUGCGAGUGUGCGACCAGGUAUCCGCAUCGUCCGGAGGCUUUUGAGAGGCUGGUCUUUGUUUGA